AUGCCUCCCAACAGUUAUCCCCAGCGUGCCAAGUCGACCAACCCACGGCUUCAACCCCAGCGUGGCCCACAGCCCGCCAGGACAGCCUCCCCCAGCAGCUCUGCUAACGACCAGGGGAAGAAGCCCAGUGAUGGGGCGGGUGCGCAGAUGAACCAGACCCUGUCGAUUGCCAUGAUGACGAGCCCCGUUAACCCUGUUCCCUUCCCGCUGUCAAUACCCCUCGGCAUCGCCAUGCUCCUCACACCCAGCGGGAAAAAGCAGCCACCGAAGCGAUCAGCAUCUCAGGCACCGAGCCAGCGUCGCUGA